AUGAUUGCUGAUUGUUCAUUGUGGUCUUUGAUUGUACAGAGCAAAGGACUUUGUUUUGUAUUCACACAUAAUCACACAGAUUAUCUUGGUGAUUGUUGUUUUUAUAAUAGAAGAAAAUGUAGUGGAUCAGUAAAAUUCUUUUGGAAACUACAUGAAACAGAAUUAAUUGAUAAGAAGUCAAAAUUGCAAUGGAUGUAUAACAAAGCUGAUAUCUGUACACCAAAGCUAACCAUUACACUAGAAAAUAAAGAGAACGAAAACCUAUGUUAUGAUACUUCACCAAAGUAUAUAUGCAAAAAACCAUUACCAACCCCUUUUUUGGUGAAUCAACAAGGGAAAAAAUGUAGUUUUGAAACUGAGGAAGGUGAUAAUAACAAUGACAAAGAAUUUGAUGCAAGUCUAACGGUUGUUGAUGGGUUUUUAAAGACAUUUGAUGAAAGUAUCAUAACACAAAUGAUCAGUGAUAUAAGUGAGAAAGAAAUUGAAAAAACUGUAGAAAAUGAAAUUAAAUUACUAUUGGAUCAUAUCAUUGAUCGUGAUAUUAAGAAAACAAAGGAAAAAACUCAAACAAAAGAGAACGAAGAGUUUUCUGUAAUUGAAAUUAGUGAACCGCCAAUAAAAAAUGAUUGGUCACACUAUAAAGCUGAAAGCGCAAAGUCGGUUCAAGAUUUUUUAUGGAGUGAAGGGGAUGAAAUUGAAUCAUCUAAGAAAAUGACAACACAUAUGACUCAUACCCCAACAAAAGACAUUAAAGAGGUUGAAAAUAUUAAAAAUACAAAACAAGAAAAAAGAAAUGAAUUAUUUUAUGUUUCUAAACAAACGGAUUGUCAUUUUCAAUGUCAAAAAAACUAA